AUGCAGGAUAGAUAUGCUGAGUUAUUCACAGGGGAGAAUUACAAUCCUGAAUCUGGCAUUGCCUCCCAAUAUUACAGAAUGUGUUAUGAUUAGGAAUUGUAGAGAAUAAGAAUUCAAGGCACUCUUUGUGUGAUUAAUCCUUAUUUCAUUGAACCAUCAGAUGAAAUUGAAGCCAAGAAAAGCUUAUUCAAUUUAAUCAAAUUAAAGCAUGAAUAAUAGAAUUCAAUGAUUUCAAGCUGGUACAUUCCCUAUUUGUUGAUAAUAAAUAGCUGCGAAGACUAUUUCAAAGCUAUUUAUCAAGCUGAGUAAACUAUUCACUAUCAGAUUUUAAUAAAGAAUGAAAUUGCUGAAGAUGAAAUAAUGGAGGAUUCGACAUUUGAUUAAACAAAAGAUAAUCUACACUAGCAAGCUUAGGAAUAAUCCUAAGAUUCUCUCUAAAUAGGAAAAUUUAAAAGAAAAUCAAUUACUAAGAUCAAGAAUUCCAAAAUUAAAAACCUAAUAUAAGAAGGAAUCUCUAAGUUCUCAAAAAAGUCAAAAAGAUCUAUUACUAAAAUUAAGGUCUCUGCAAUAAAAGCAAAGGGAAAAAUUAAGGAUAAUAAGAACAAAAAAACAUAGGCAAAGAAUAGAAAUAGUAUUAUUUCAGCAACAAAAUGA